UCUACAGAGAGGACACUGCGGUUUUUGUGAGCCAGUCAGGAGAGACAGCAGACACCCUCCUAGCUCUUGAAUAUGCACUAGAAAAUGGAGCACUUUGUGUUGGCGUAACAAAUACUGUCGGAAGCACGCUAUCUAGAAGAACUCAUUGUGGAAUUCAUAUCAAUGCCGGUUGUGAGAUUGGUGUUGCCAGCACAAAGGCUUAUACAAGUCAAAUAGUAGUCAUGGCGAUGAUGGCCUUGUCUAUUGGAUCCGACCAGUUAUCCACUCAAACUAGAAGGGAAUCUAUCAUCACUGGUCUUUCAAGUCUUCCAAGCCAUGCCAGUGAAGUUCUCAAACUUGACUCUGAUACGAAGGAACUCGCAUCUUCGCUGAUUGACUCGGAGUCACUCCUUGUUUUUGGAAGAGGAUAUAACUAUGCCACAGCAUUAGAGGGCGCUCUCAAAGUUAAGGAGGUCGCACUGAUGCACAACGAAGGCAUGCUUGCUGGUGAGAUGAAACACGGGCCACUAGCACUGGUGGAUGAAAACCUUCCCAUCAUCGUGAUCGCAACACGUGACGCCUGCUUCAGCAAGCAAAAGUCAGUGAUUCAGCAGCUCCUUUCUCGCAAGGGGCGCCUGAUCGUACUGUGCUCCACGGGGGACAUAUCCACUGUCGUUCCUAGUGGAUCCUGCAGAACGAUUCAAGUUCCAGAGGUCGCGGACUGUCUCCAGCCAGUGAUCAACAUAAUUCCAUUGCAGUUGCUGGCAUACCAUCUUACUGUUCUUCGCGGAUUUGAUGUUGACCAACCAAGGAAUCUGGCCAAGAGCGUGACUACACAGUAAUCAUAGAAUUUUCAUUAAAACAGAAACACAUGCACACAAAAAUUAAUAGUACUUACAUACACAUGCACACACAAAGUAAAAGAAAUCAUAAUCCCCGGAGAAAGAAAAGAAAAAGAAGGAAGUAUACGCCUCAGGGCUGUCUAGGGCGCCAGCUGCCAAGCUAUUGUUUCACAUUGUUACUGCGGUGCAAUUUAUUUUUCUAGAUAAUUAAGCAAGAUGCUUGAUAGC